AUGCGCCCACUGUGGCGACGGACGCCGCAUAUUCUACUGCUCUUCUUCUGGCUCCAAUUCCCCAAAACAGAAGCCCGAUUUCGACGCCAUUCACGAGUAUUCGACGAACUCCCACACUGCUCGUCGCAAAACGUGAUGGAAGGCGAGAUUCGAUCCUACGACGACUUCAAGGAUCGAACGAAAAUUCUGAGCGCUACGCAGCUCCAAAUGACACUCCGGGAUACGGCGUGUCUGACGAUGAAGGCCUCGAACCACUCGAUGCGAACGAUCCUACAUUCGAUCGAAUUCCUACGGCUAGAGCAGCACCAUCCUGUCAUUGCCACCUACAAUUUCGGGAUCCCUAAAGUGCGGGCCUCUUGCGUGUGCGAUUGCCCCGGCGCCGACACACACUGUGUUCUCGACGAAUAUAACUACAAAAACUGUACUUCCGGAGCGGUCUGCUACCGUACCUAUCAUCCACAUCAAAAUGGAAUUGGUUGCCUCGGAAACAAAAACUCGGAAGUUUGCUGCAAAGUCAGCAUCGAUCCGUAUAUGGAUUGGCAAUACACGGCCGUUCAAAUCGGGCAGCCAGAUACCAUACUCGUCCUGAGGUACCGGAUCUUCGAGCAGAGCCGAGGAGGGAGAUGGAAAAAGGCGGAGGAUGGGGAGAAUGACAAGACGAUUAGGGUAUCCAUGAACAAAGGUGCUGAACGUAUCGAACUCUCCCGCCACCUUGUCGAAAUUUCGGUAGCUGGCAGCCGACCGGCUCGCGAAGUCGUCCCCGGAGUGUAUUUUGUCAGAGAUGGAACCGACGAACUCCGUGGUGGUGUUGCCCUGAAUCGAGUAGAUGAAUCAACGCUCGACAAGCUGGGGUGGUUCCGGAGAGAGGAGUCCGGAAAAUGGGAUAUCCGGAAGGGGACGAUGCUGCUCAAGGAGGCGCUGCACCUCAACAUCCAGGACUGCAAGCAGCAAAACUACACCUGGUCCCUCAACGCCGAGCAGUACGUCGACGCGUCGAAGAACAGGGGAUAUUAUUUGGGCAAUCCCCUGACCGACGACCCUUGGAUCAAUACGGCAACUUACAGCGGAAGGGUCGUACGUGUUGAUCAUGCUGAAGGGACGGCAGUUACGAUGACCCUAGCGACGAGCCAGAAGCCGUCUGUACUUCGGCAUCCCUCACAAUUUCUAUCGUUUGACGGAAUGAUCAAGCUGGAUCGGGACAGCAAUCGAUAUUUGAAUCUUACUUUCCAGGAAGCCAAAGGGACGAUGAUUGGGAAGAUCUUUCGACUCGAGGGUGAACGGGAUGAGGAGAUGACGUUUUCCGUUCAAACCGAUUCCACAAUGCUCCGGGAUCGUGUGUUUAUCAUUACGGUCCCUUCCGAAAUCGAUGAUCGGCGCUGGGUAUGCCUACACCCGGCUGGUGAUGCCAAUGGAAAACAGUGCAAGUGGCUUGAAUACAACGCCACGGCUCCCGCACGCUAUAAUGUGCCCCACCCAUGGCAAUCGGCACAGGGGGACUGUCGUGGGUGUAAUGAACGAAGUAUCGAAGCUGUUUGGGCUGCGAUGGACCCGAGGGCAUGGUUUGAUGGGAUCAACUCAAGCACUGAAUUGUUUACCAUGUUGUUGGAAGUCGGAAUUGGCAUCGCCCUGGUCAUCGCCCUGAUCUUCCUCGUGACGAAGGUGUUGUGCCCGCUCUGCCGUUGCAUGCUCUUCAUCGCCAAACCCUCGAAAAUCGGCUCAAAA